UAAGUCCCUGAUGUGAGCCUCUCGAGUAUAAGGGCUGGUUUUGUAGGCUGUUUCAGCAGCUUGAACUUUUGAUGAAUGGAAUUGAGCUUAGUGCUCCUUGCUUCUUUGCCGUCUAUCUCUCUUAGGUUUGAACGAGUUUCCUUCUCCAAUUUCCCUUGAAUUGCUGGUUUCCCUGCAGAUUCCCUCGGCUUCUACGCCAUCUUCCGAUUCUCUCGAGUCCGCCGUCUCUGAGCACCCGAAAAUGCCUCUCAGGCUUGACAUCAAGAGAAAAUUUGCACAAAGAACUGAGAGAGUAAAAUCAGUGGAUCUCCAUCCAACUGAGCCAUGGAUUCUUGCGAGUUUGUAUUCCGGAACCGUGUACAUUUGGAACUACCAGUCACAGAACACGGUAAACUCUUUUGAAGUCUCUGAACUGCCAGUUCGAUCAGCUAAAUUUAUAGCACGCAAGCAGUGGAUAGUCACUGGAGCUGAUGACAUGACUAUACGUGCAUUCAACUAUAACACCAUGGACAAGGUUAAAAGUUUUGAAGCACAUACGGACUAUAUUAGAAGUGUUGCUGUUCAUCCAACGCUUCCAUAUGUGCUGUCAGCAUCUGAUGACAUGCUUAUUAAACUCUGGGAUUGGGAAAAGAAUUGGAUGUGCACUCAGAUAUUUGAGGGGCAUUCUCAUUAUGUAAUGCAAGUCACAUUUAAUCCUAAAGACACCAACACAUUUGCAAGUGCCUCCCUAGAUCGAACAAUAAAGGUUUGGAAUCUCAGCUCAAUUGACCCUAAUUUUACCUUGGAAGGCCACAUGAAAGGAGUAAAUUGUGUUGAUUACUUUAUUGGGGGUGACAAGCCAUACUUAAUCAGUGGAUCUGAUGACCAAACUGCAAAGGUGUGGGAUUAUCAAACCAAAAGUUGUGUUCAGACACUUGAAGGACACACUCACAAUGUUUCUGCAGCUUGUUUUCAUCCUGAACUCCCAAUAAUAUUUACUGGUUCUGAGGAUGGAACUGUUCGAAUAUGGCAUUCAACCACUUAUAGGCUUGAGAACACAUUGAACUAUGGGCUUGAGCGAGUUUGGGCUCUUGGGUACAUGAAAGGUUCACGACGGAUUGUAAUUGGUUAUGAUGAAGGAGCCAUCAUGGUUAAAAUUGGUCGAGAAGAACCAGUGGCUAGCAUGGACAAUGGUGGGAAAAUAAUUUGGGCCAAGCAUAAUGAGGUUCAAACUGUAAAUAUCAAGAGUGUUGGGACUACUGAGGUCGAUGAUGGAGAAAGAUUGCCGUUGGCCGUUAAGGAGUUGGGAACAUGCGAUCUUUAUCCUCAAAGCUUAAAGCACAAUCCCAAUGGGAGGUUUGUUGUUGUUUGUGGAGAUGGCGAGUACAUUAUAUAUACAGCCUUAGCUUGGAGAAAUAGAUCCUUUGGCUCAGCACUGGAACUUGUAUGGUCAUCAGAUGGAGAAUAUGCUGUUAGAGAAAGUACAUCGAGGAUCAAAAUAUUUAGCAAGACAUUCCAGGAAAAGAAGAAUAUUCGACCAACAUUUUCGUGUGAACGUAUUUACGGAGGCACUUUACUUGCAAUGUGCUCAAGUGACUUCAUAUGUUUCUAUGACUGGGCCGAAUGUAGAUUGAUUAGGCGGAUUGAUGUGAAUGUCAAAAAUGUUUAUUGGGCUGAUAGUGGUGAUUUGGUGGCAAUUGCUAGUGUUUCAUCGUUCUACAUUCUGAAAUACAAUCGGGAUGUUGUAUCAUCAUAUUUUGACAGUGGAAGUUCAGGUGAUGAACAAGGUGUCCAUAAUGCUUUUGAGGUUCUUCAUGAAAUAGAUGAGCGUGUCAGAACUGGAAUAUGGGUUGGGGAUUGUUUCAUCUACAAUAACCCUUCUUGGAAACUUAAUUAUCUAGUUGGUCAUGAGGUGACGACUAUGUUUCAUCUGGACCGACCUAUGUACCUGUUGGGAUAUUUGGCCAAUCAAAGUCGGAUUUAUCUUAUUGAUAAAGACUUCAAUGUCAUGGGAUACACCUUACAUGUCAGCUUGAUUGAAUACAAAACUCUUGUGAUGCGUGGAGAUUUAGAGCGUGCAAGUCAAAUUUUACCAACUAUUCCUCCGGAGCAUCAUAAUAGCGUUGCUCGCUUUUUGGAGUCUCGAGGUAUGUUGGAAGAUGCAUUGGAAUUGGCUACUGAUCCUGAUUACAAAUUCGAUCUAGCUAUCCAACUUGGAAGACUUGAGAUUGCAAAGGAAAUUGCCACUCAAGCCCAAAGCGAAUCAAAAUGGAAGCAGCUGGCAGAGUUAGCUAUGUCAAUUGGGCAGUUAGAAUUGGCUGAAGAUUGUCUAUUGAAUGGAAUGGAUUUAAGUGGGUUAUUGCUUCUUUAUUCUUCCAUUGGAGAUGCACAAGGAAUAUUAAAACUUUCAUCCCUUGCCAAAGAGCAAGGAAAAAGUAAUGUUGCCUUCCUUUGUUUAUUUACACUGGGGAAAUUGGAAGAGUGCAUCCAGCUGCUGCUGGAGAGUAACCGUAUACCUGAAGCAGCUUUAAUGGCACGAUCUUACCUUCCAAGCAAGGUGUCAGAGAUAGUUGCAAUUUGGAGAAAUGAUCUGAGCAAGGUUAGUAAGAAAGCGGCGGAUUCAUUAGCCGAUCCUGAAGAGUACCCUAAUUUGUUCGAGGACUGGCAAGUUUAUGUUUCCCUUGAAUCUGAAGCUGCAAAAAACAGGGGAAACUAUCCUCCUGCUGAACUCUAUCCAGUCUAUGCCGAGAAAUCAACUACCAACCUUCUUGACAGGUUCAAAAGCAUGCAAAUUGAUGGGAAUGAAGACCUGACAGAAAAUGGAGAAGGCGAUCAUGAGCAUGAGCAUGAGGAGACGAAGGAGAAUGGGGAAAAUCAAGGACAGGAAGCUGUUAUUGAAGAGGAGACAGUGGAGAAUCAGGAAAAUCAAGGUCAAGGGGCUGUGGUCGAAGAGGAUGCUAAUUCCACGAAUGGUGUUGUUAUUGUAAACACUAAUGAGGAUGAAGAGGCAUUUGGUACAAAUAAUGAGAGGACUUCAUUACUCUAAAGGCAAGACUUUUUCAGAAAAUCUGUGUAGCUUACAUCACCAGUAUACUGAGCCAAGCUAAUUCCAACUGUUAUACACCAAUCUUCAGAGUGACUCGUAACUUUUCUUUAUGCAAGACCCGAGGAAGUUUCUUAUAGUUCCUUAUAGUAGUAGUUAUUCUCCCCUCCCCUUUUACACUUUUACAGAUGAAAAAAAAAAAAAAAAGAUGUCUGGAGUGUGCAUCUACUUAUAAAGUUGUCUCAAAUUAAAUCCUAAAAAGAUUUUUUAUCGGAUUCUUUUUCAUAUCAUACACCUAUUGGGUUGGCAUAAAGAGCCGCGAAAAAGACGUUUCCCCAAGGUACCUGAUGCUUCCGGUAGCCUGUGAUUUUGUAGGUAAACAAAAUUUCGAUAACAUAGAGAAUAUUACUAUAUUGUUGGAAACUUCUUUUGUCAUGUACAAUUAUGUGUAGUUUGGUAUUA